UACCUGUUCCCUCCCACCCUGGGUGCUGCACCCCCCACCCCUCCCCCUUCACAUCUCUGAUGGACCAGAGAGCGAAGGGGGGACCAUCUCUACCUCCACCAUCCACACCGCCUCUCCUCCUCCCUGCCCCGCCACAGCAGUACCCAGAGAAAGAGGUAGGCAGUGGGAAGCGGAAGAGGAGAGAGAAGGAAGGAGGAGGUGGUGCAGUACUGGAGGUGCUCAUUGAGGGGCGCUGUGGCGCUGCAGGGCAGAGACGGCUCCCAUUCCCAGGCAGAGAGAGGAGCUGCACUGAGGGCAAUGUGAGGCUGAGGAUCGGAGUCCAAGCGGCCAAACGCAUCAAGAAACCCCCCAGGACCCUGGAGGGCUACGAGUAUAAACCCACCAUCAGGACCUACCAGAGGCCUGGGAGGGGGGCAGCGGGGAGGGGGGAUCAGGAGGGAAGGGGGAGUGGGCAGGGGAACAGCCCUCAGGAGGAGGGGGACGGAGAGCAGAACCAGGGGUCGGACCCCAACACCACCCAGACCAGGAAGAUACACUCCUCCUCGCCUCCGCCUUCAUCACCACCAUCAUCAUCAUCAUCAUCAUCAUCAUCAUCAACAGCCCCUACAACCACCACUCCCAGCCCAGCCAACCCUCAGACUGCGCCAGCCAAACAGGUAAGAAGAGAACCACUACUACCUCACUGAAUACCUGACUUGUUAACCGCUUACUACUAAUUUAUUACAUUGACUAGUACUUCAGUUCUGUUUUAUUUGUACACUGGGUCCCCUACAAACCUCUCUAGUGUGGAGAAGGAAAAGUCAUGGAUAUUAUAGUAUUCACAUUUGACACAAUUGUAUAUUAUUACACGUUUAUCUAGGCCUAUGCAUGAUAUGCAUUAGUGUACAAUUAAUGUACAGUAUGUGUGUUUCCUAUUAAUUCUCCACCAGGCGUGUUAUCCUGUCCCGAACACUCAGCGCUGUUCCUAAUGGUUUAUAAUAAUAAGGUGAAGUAAGUGAUUGUCUGGAUAGAGAAACUUAAACAGCAGCAGCAGUAGUGUAGUGGUGCAUUAGAAUAUAGAGAACAGGACUAUUAAUAGUCACACAGCACAGCAACUAUUAGCAGCUGAUCCAGACAUUGGUCCAUCAGCUCUUAUGACAAUCACCUACCCCAGAGAGUAGAUUAUUGCUUUAGCUGCAAAUACACCAGUCAGGCUGCAGCAACGCAGCUCACAAAUGACAGGACAAGCAUGAAAUGUCAAGCCUCCUCAUCUCUAUUAGUGGGCAUUUAUAGCUACCAAUAGCACAGCUGCCUUUCUCUGUCUUUCUCGAUCGCUCUCGCUCUCUAAUUCUCUCUCCUCUGUCUUCUUCUCUCUGUCUAUUUUUACCUCCCCUCUUUUCUCUACCUGCUCUCAUUUAUCUUUCUCUCCACCUCUCUCUCUCUCUUUUUUGAUAGCUCAGUUUCUCCUCAUGGUGUGUCAACCUCAUUUCAGUCUCCAUCACCUCAGCUUCUCUCCUCCACUUUGUCCUAAUUUCUCUCUCGCGCUCUCUCUUCCUCUCUCUCUCUUCCUCUCGCUCUCUCUUCCUCUCGCUCGCUCUCUCUCUUCCUCUCUCUCGCUCUCUCUCUCUUUCUCUCUCUCGCUCUCUCUCUUUCUCUCUCUCUCUCUCGCUCUUCCUCUCGCUCUCUCUUCCUCUCGCUCGCUCUCUCUCUCUCUCUCUCUCUCUUCCCCUCGCUCUCUCUUCCUCUCUCUCUCUCGCUCUCCUCUCUCUCUCUCGCUCUGUUUUUAUGUCAUUGUGUCCUUUAGCUUUCUUUCAACAGGCUUGCACCAGCACCCCACCCUUACUGUUUAUCUCUCUCUCGUUUGCUCUCCUUUUCCUUCCCUCUUUCCUCUCCCUGUCCUCUCUCUGACCCACUAAUGCUAAUGAACUAUGCAGCUCUGAAAUACAUUACAUUUACAUACAGUUGAAGUCGGAAGUUUACAUACACCUUAGCCAAAUACAUUUAAACUCAGUUUUUCACAAUUCCUGACAUUUAAUCUGAGUAAAAAUUUCCUGUUUUAGGUCAGUUAGGAUCGCCACUUUAUUUUAAGAAUGUGAAAUGUCAGAAUAAUAGUAGAGAGAAUUAUUUAUUUUAGCUUUUAUUUAUUUCAUCACAUUCCCAGUGGGUCAGAAGUUUACAUACACUCAAUUAGUAUUUGGUAGCAUUGCCUUUAAAUUGUUUAACUUGGGUCAAACGUUUCGGGUAGCCUUCCACAAGCUUCCCACAAUAAGUUGGGUGAAUUUUGGCCCAUUCCUCCUGACAGAGCUGGUGUAACUGAGUCAGGUUUGUAGGCCUCCUUGCUCGCACACACUUUUUCAAUUCUGCCCACAAAUGUUCUAUAGGAUUGAGGUCAUGGCUUUAUGAUGGCCACUCCAAUACCUUGACUUUGUUGUCCUUAAGCCAUUUUGCCACAACUUUGGAAGUAUGCUUGGGGUCAUUGUCCAUUUGGAAGACCCAUUUGCGACCAGACUUUAACUUCCUGACUGAUGUCUUGAGAUGUUGCUUCAAUAUAUCCACAUAAUUUUCCUUCCUCAUGAUGCCAUCUAUUUUGUGAAGUGCACCAGUCCCUCCUGCAGCAAAGCACCCCCACAGCAUGAUGCUGCUACCCCCGUGCUUCACGGUUGGGAUGGUGUUCUUUGGCUUGCAAGCAACACCCUUUUCCCGCCAAACAUAACAAUGGUCAUUAUGGCCAAACAGUUUUAUUUUUGAUUCCUCAGACCAGAGGACAUUUUCCAAAAAGUACGAUCUUUGUCCCCAUGUGCAGUUGCAAACCGUAGUCUGGCUUUUUUAUGGUGGUUUUGGAGCAGUGGCUUCUUCCUUGCUGAGCGGCCUUUCAGGUUAUGUCGAUAUAGGACUAGUUUUACUGUGGAUAUAGAUACUUUUGUACCUGUUUCCUCCAGCAUCUUCACAAGGUCCUUUGCUGUUGUUCUGGGAUUGAUUUGCACUUUUCAUACCAAAGUACGUUCAUCUCUAGGAGACAGAACGCGUCUCCUUGUCACGUUCGUUGAGAGACGGGUCAGACCAAGGCGCAGCAUGGUAUGCGUACAUAUUUAGUAAUGACGAUAAACACUUGACAAAAAAACAAAAGCAAUGUAACGUGAAGCUCAAACAAUGGCUACACACUAACAAGCCAAACACAAGUCAAGAUCCCACAACUAAGGUAGGCAACAUGGCUACCUAAGUAUGAUCCCCAAUCAGAGACAACGAGCGACAGCUGCCUCUGAUUGGGAAUCACACCCGGCCAAACAUAGAAAUACACAUUCUAGAUCAUAAACAUAGAAUCUAAUAACAUAGAUCUCAACCUGAACUCACACCCUGACCCAACCAACAAGAGUUCUCUAGGUCAGGGCGUGACAGUACCCCCCCCCCCCCCCCCCCCCCCCCCCCCCCCAAAGGUGCGUACUCCGGCCGCACCAACCUGAUUCAUUAGGAGAGGGUCCGGGUGGGCAUUCAGCCUCGGAGGCGGCUCAAGCCCUGUCUGGACCCUGGUGUGGGAGACCCCGAACCUGGAGAGGGGCUGACGUCUGGGCCUGGAUCGGCAAUCCUCCCACGAUGCACCAAGCCCUGUCUGGACCCUGGUGUGGGAGGCCCCGACCCUGGAGAGGGGCUGACUUCUGGAUCUGGAGUGGAGCCGCUGACCGGAGCUGGACUAGGCACCGGUGGAGCGGACUGCUCUGGCUCUGGAGUGGAUCCGCUGACCGGAGCUGGACUGGGCACCGGUGGAGCGGACUUCUCUGGCUCCGGAGUGGAUCCGCUGACCGGAGCUGGACUAGGCACCGGUGGAGCGGACUGCUCUGGCACUGGACUGGAACAGCUGACCGGGGCUGGACUAGGCACCGGUAGAGCAGAUUACUCUAGCACUGGAAUGGAGCCGCUGACCGGAGCUGAACUAGGUACCGGUGGAGCGGACUGCUCUGGCUCCGGAGUGGAGCCGCUGACCGGAGCUGGAUUGGGCACCGGUGGAGCGUACUGCUCUGGCUCCGGAGUGGAGCAGCUGACCGGAGCUGGACUGGGAACACGCACCACUGGUCUGGUGCGAGGGGCAGGCACGGGUCGUGCCGGACUGGAGACACGCACCACUGGUUUGGUGCAAGGAGCAGGCACGGGCCGUGCCGGACUGGAUACAUUUACAUUUACAUUUUAGUCAUUUAGCAGACGCUCUUAUCCAGAGCGACUUACAGGAGCAAUUAGGGUUAAGUGCCUUGCUCAAGGGCACAUCGACAGAUUUUUCACCUAGUCGGCUCGGGGAUUAGAACCAGCGACCUUUCGAUUACUGGCACAACGCUCUUAACCACUAAGCUACCUGCCGCUUAUACACGCACCACUGGUUUGGUGCGGGUAGUAUGUAUGGGCCGUACCGGACUGGAUAUGCGCACCACUGGUUUGGUGCGGGGAGCAGGUACAGGGCGUACCGGGUUGGCGACAUGCACCACUGGUUUGUUGCGGGGAGCAGGUACGGGCCUUACUGGACUGGAUACGCGCACCACAGGUUUGGUGUGGGGAGCAGGUACGGGGCGUACCGGGCUGGCGACAGGCACCACUGGUUUGGUGCAAGGAGCUGGCACAGGCCAUACUGGGCUGUGGAGGCGCACUGGAGGUCUGGAGCUUAGAGCUGGCACAACCCGUCCUGGCUGGAUGCCCACUUUCGCACGGCACGUGCUGGGCGCUGGCACAGGACACACUGGGCUGUGAAUGCGUACCUCCGCAUACCUAGGUUCUUCAAUGAACUCACGCUCCUUUUGUUGCCUGACCAGCUCCUCUCUCAGUGCCUCCACUAUUUCCUUCUCCCUACGGGCCUCCUGCAGCGCCUCCUCUGUAAGGGAGCUCUCCUGCUCUAUUCUCCCUAUCAGCCCCCGUAAUGUGGUGGCCUCCUCUCUUAAACUCUCGAUCCGCAGGUCUUGGAGGACCUCUAAUAUAGCGGCCUCCUCCUCUAUAGUCAGCCCUUUCACGGCCUCCUGCUGCCUCGUCGUCCACCCCGUGUGCCCCCCCCAAAACAAUUAUUGGGGCUUCUUCUCUGGCUUUCUUCAUGACCGAGCCCUUAUGAGUCGCCGUUUCUCCUCUCCUGCCUGGGCUUCCUCCUUCGCCCAGGGUCCUCUAUCGGCUACACUCUCCUUCAUCGCCUCCCGAUAACGGACGGCCUCCUCCUCAGUAAUCCUCCCCCAACUGAGGAGGACAUCUACUAAGGUUACCUCCUGUUGAGUCCCAGGCGUUUGCUCCUUCUGGGCACGCUGCUUGGUCCUUUUAUGGUGGGAUCUUCUGUCACGUUCGUUGAGAGACGGGUCAGAUCAAGGCGCAGCGUGGUAUACGUACAUAUUUAUUAAUGACGAUAAACACUUGACAAAACAACAAAAGCAACGCAACGUGAAACUCAAACAAUGGCUACACACUAACAAGCCAAACACGAGUCAGCGACAGCUGCCUCUGAUUGGGAAUCACACCCGGCCAAACAUAGAAAUACACAUUCUAGAUCCUAAACAUAGAAUCUAAUAACAUAGAUCUCAAUCUGAACUCACAACCUGACCCAACCAACAAGAGUUUUCUAGGUCAGGGCGUGACACUCCUUCCUGAGCGGUAUGAUGGCUGUGUGGUUCCAUGGUGUUUAUACUUGCGUACUAUUGUUUGUACAGAUGAACGUGGUAUCUUCAGGCGUUUGGAAAUUGCUCCCAAGGAUGAACCAGACUUGUGGAGGUCUACAAUUUUUUUUCUGAGGUCUUGGCUGAUUUCUUUUUAUUUUCCCAUGAUGUCAAGCAAAGAGGCACUGAGUUUGAAGGUAGGCCUUGGAAUACAUCCACAGGUACACCUCCAAUUGACUCAAAUGAUGUCAAUUAGCCUAUCAGAAACUUCUAAAGCCAUGACAUCAUUUUCUGGAAUUUUCUAAGCUGUUUAAAGGCACAGUCAACUUAGUGUAUGUAAACUUCUGACCCACUGGAAUUGUGAUAAAGUGAAUUAUAAGUGAAAUAAUCUGUCUGUAAACAAUUGUUGGAAAAAUUAUUUGUGUCAUGCACAAAGUAGAUGUCCUAACCGACUUGCCAAAACUAUAGUUUGUUAACAAGAAAUUUGUGGAGUGGUUGAAAAAACGAGUUUUAAUGACUCCAACCUAAGUGUAUGUAAACUUCCGACUUCAACUGUACCUCUACUUCCUUGUCAACAAGGGCACUAUGCUGUAAAUGAUUAGAAAAUAGCAAUGGGCUAGUACAUUAACAGAACUAUCAUAGGUCUAACCGGGAUUCUUUUGGAGAUAUACAAAUCAAUACCUGUAAAUUACCUAGAUCUUGAGUGAUAGAUGACAUAAUAAAUGACCAAUCUGAUCUGAUAACAAUGUGUUUAUAACCAUGUUUUCAUCCCAGCAGGUCCCUGUGAACCUGGCCCAUAAGAAGUCAGACACCCCACCAGAGAAACCAAGGCACCCUGACCCACCUGCUCAAAUGGAUCAGGCAACCCCCUCUUACCCCACGGCUUCAUCCUCCCAUUCCCCCCCUCCCUCAUCACCCCGUUCCCCCUCGGUGAAGGACCCUAGCAGUGAGGCAGGUGUUAAUGGUGAGGGAGGUAUGCUGAAGGGGGGAGUACCUACAGUCACCUGCCGUCCUACCAGACUCACAAAGGUCAAAGGUCGCAAACAGAACUGUUCUUCCUCAGCCGCCCCCACUAACGUGAACUCAACAACAAGACCUCCAGCCUCCAGCCCCCAUCGGGCUGACCUUGCAGCCCAGGACAGGACUACAGGCUUCAGCUGCCCUCCUACACCGCCCCCAUCCACACCCCUACAUCCAGACCAGAGAGGAGCCCCAGUGGCUGAUGGGAGACUGAGUCCUGCUGCCUCCCUCACCAGCCUGAGCAGGGGACCAUUACCACAGUCCUCCGUGGGAAAUGAGAGAGGGAGAGAGGAGAAAGCAAAGAAGAAGAAAGAGAAAGAUGAGAAAGCGAGGGGUGAGAAAGGGAAGGGCAAGAGAGGGGAGAAGGGGAGAGGGAAGGAAGACAGGGGGAGGAAUGAGAGUCCAAAGAUGGACAGAGAUGAGAAAGCAAUGGAUGAGGGAAGGAAGGAGGGAACUGGGAUGGAUGAGAGAGGGAGGGAUAUGACUGGGAAGGAGGAGAGAAAGGGGGAAGAGGACAAGGAAAGCGAGAAGCCCAGAGACUUGAGGAUGAAUAAAUCGCCCUCUUCUACAAGGUGUCAGAUGUUGUCUGAGGUUCAGAGCAGGAAGACAGGUACACCCAGCCCAAACCCAGACCUGACCAGCAGAACAGGGGAAUCAGAUGAUCCAGGUGGCCCCUCAAGACCCACCGUCUAUCCCUCCAACCCCUCCUCUCCCCUCACCUCCCUCCCUCCUCCCUCUCUCUCUCUCCGCUCCUCCUCUCCUCCUACCUCUUCCCGAGAGCAGGACAGCCGUCCGCUGAAGAAGCGUAAGACCCGACGGCCAAGCUGGACCAGGCUGGUGAACCGGGCACAGAGACUGGCAGAGAACCCAGAUGGCCCCCAAGAUGCCCCCUUAGUUGCCCCACUGACCACCACUACCCCCCAGACACCCCCCACUACCCCCCAGACACCCCCAACUACCAACUCACCCAACCUUCGGUCAACUGAGUCAUGCCUAGCCCCCUUCGUUCUUCCACCCCCCAGUCCGUCCUCUCUCUCCCCCUCUACCUCCACCCCUGUGAGACCCAGACCAGCAGGGCGACCCCCAUCCCCCACCCAGACUCACCUGUUGACCUCUGAUCCUAGCCCUUCACCUGGACCUGACCGUCCCGUCUUUCAGGCCAGAAAAAGGGGUCGCCCCAAAUCCCAAACCUCGAGCAUGGACGAACCUCCACCCAGACACUUGCCCAAACCUAACCGAGCUGAGGUGCUCCCUCAUGGGCAUGAUGAGACUCUGGACCCCCAUGUGCUCAACCCAGUGCUGGAUCACAGUCCCACCCUCACCAAUCCCUCUAGCCCCAACCCCACACCCAGGAAACGAGGUCGCCCCAAACGGCUGCCCCCCUCCCCCCUCCUCCCCAAACAGACUCUCCAGGACCAGAACAGGGGUACCCUGACCCCCUCUGGAGGUGAGGAGGGGGGUAAAGACUUCCCCUCUGAAAAGGGGAACAGGCAGCUGAGGAUGAGGAGCAUCAUCGGAGAGAUGAAGAGGAGGAAGAGGAGGCUACUCAGGGAGAUGCUUUCUGGGUGUGGUUGGGGGGAAGGUAGAGAGAACUCUCACGGGGGUGAAGGAGGGGUGUGUGGGUCGGCUACAGCACCCUCCCUGUCCUCCUCUUUUGGGGGUAACCUAGGUCCCCAGAUCAACGUGAGUAAGAAGGGGACCAUCUACAUGGGGAAGAGGAGAGGACGCAAACCCAAAGCUCCAGCUAACUCUAACCCUGCCUCUCAGUCCACACUGUUCACCAGUCUCUCUGGUCCCUCUCUCUUCUCCUCUCCACAGUCCCAGCCCCAUCCUCCCCUCCCUCACCCAUUCCCCUCCCCAUCUCUCACCCACUCCAGUGGAGCCCAGAGCCCUUACAGUGAUGGAGGCUUCACAGAACCAGCUCCCUCCCUCUUCCUCCCCCACACCUUCACCCUCCCCUCACCCUCCUCCUCCUGCGCAUCGCCACGUCCUCUCUCCUCCUCAUCCCUCUCUCCCUCCCUAAAGAGGAGUUCUCCAGGUCAGGCACGACAUCCCCUCUUCCACCAUCCCUCCAGCAGACUCUCUUCUCCUCCUCCUCCUCACCCUCCUCACCCCCACCUGCCUGUCUCCCUUGCUCACCUGAAAGAGGCCACACCCUCACCUAUCAGCGAAUCACACAGCGAGGAGAUGUUGCCUAGUGACAGUGUGAUUGGAAUGGACCACAACAGUAUCUCAGAGCGGGGGGAGAGGAGGGGCCGUGGGAGAGGGGGGGUAACCAUGGGAAUGACCUCAGAGGUCACCAGGUCAGUGUUCCAGACAGGCUUGGGGAUCAGCCUGAAGGGUCAGAGACAACUGUCUCCCUCCAUGUUACCAGAACACCCCUCCCCUGUACCCUCACCCCUCAGAGUGUCGGCCCCCUCCGCCUCCCCCAGACACACACACCCUGCUACCCCUCCUUCUGCCUUAGUGGAACCCAGAGACAGACAGAGGCACAGGCGGAGGGGGUACGAAUGCCCCUAUACCUGCCCCCCCUGCCCCUGCCUAGGGCACAACCAGCGCUCCCACCUGGACCUCUGCCCCUGCCUCGCACACAACACACUCAAAAGACAGAAACACAAACGCAAGAGGAAGUACCAGCACCUGCUCAUGCACGCGCACGACCCAGACUUCCUGUCUGAACUGGACGAUCUUAUUGGGCAGUUCAGCGAGGUCCGCAUCGGGCGCCACCGGGAUUGGGCCAGACUGGAUCUCGAUGAGAGUGGGGAGAAAAGACGCCCCUCUUCCUCAUUGUCAUCGCAUAAUUUCCGCUCAAACGUUUACAGAAUCAACUUGAGUGGAUACUACUCGCCUCAACCCCUGUCUUACCCCCCUCAUCCCUCCUUCUCCCCCCUCCACCCCCACCCCUGCCACGGCCUGCCAUAUGGCAGCAGAAAGCCAGAGCGGAGGUUGAGCUGUGGCUGUCCCAACAAGCCCUGUGAGUCCCUAGACCAGGGUGACUGUGGCCAGGGGCGGAGGUGUCCCUUACAGGGUAACACAGGGCACCUCCAUCCCUCCUCUCUCAGUACCCCCCUGUCCUCCUCCACCACCUCUUCCACAACCCCCAUGCCUCUGGGUUUUGGCUACUACAGAGGCUAUCCUCUGACCAUGGCCCAUUACCCAAACCCCCACCUCCACCCCUCCUUUCCCCUGCCUCCCCCUAACCCCUACGCCCCCCACCACCCCCACCUCCACCCCCCUCACCUCCUCCUCAACCCAGCCAGGUUCAACAGGAGGAGGAGCAGGCAGCUGAGGGAGGCUGGGUUGGGUGGAGGAGGAGGUGAGGACGUGAGGGGUAGGGGUGAGGGAGAGAGGGACGGGGUCCGUUCCUGUCCAGCAGGGUCCAUCCCUGGUCGGUCCUGUGCCUGUGGGGGGAGUGAACACAAGCUCAGACACAAACAUCGUCACAGACAGCGUAAUCGUGAACGAGAGGAAGAAGAGGAGGAAGAGGAGGAGAGAGUGGCAGGGUCACAGCCAAGGUCAGAGUUCACCACAGGGUCUAGAGGAAGUAGAAAGACUGGAGGACAAGGGAGUGCUGGGUUGAUGGAGUCUCCAUGGCAACAUAGGCACGGCAAAUACCCCUCUGCUUUCUCCCCUGCUUCUGCUAAACCAGCCUCUUCAUCAUCAUCAUCAUCAUCAGAGAGGCUCAAACACACACCCCUCACCUGUCUAGGCUCCUCUCACCUGUCCUCGUUUGGGGAGGCCUGGGGGGGUCGGCAGAACCCCUGGCUGAGGAGAGGGGGGCUGGGGGCAGGAUUCAGACCCCCCGACCCCACCUGGGGCACUCUGACAGAGGGGCAGAGGACGGCCGCUGUGGGGAGGUCAGAGAGAGAGGCGGGGGAGAGCCACACACCCUGUCACAGCACCUUCACCCCUCAGACACACACCAAUCUCUUCACCUCCUCUGCCACCAGUGGGAGGGGCAUGAGGAGCGGAAGAGACAAUUGGAGACCAGGGAGCCAAGA